AUGAGCGAACCAUGCGUCUUCAAGGGGUGCUCGAACAUGGCGUUGGUGGCACUGCCCAAGUGUGAGCACUGCGAGAAGCGCUACUGCACGAGCCACAUGCUGCCUGAGCGGCACGGGUGCGGCGAUGCGUGCAAGAACACGGCGCAGCGACAAGCCACCGCCGACGCAGCGGCGCAGCGGCGGGCACGGCGGCACCUCGGCAAUGAGGACGCGAAGAAGCGGCUGGACAAGAAGCUGGAGGCCAACGAAGCGGCGCGUAGAAAGAAGACAAAACCGGCUCAGGCCCCCGCUAAAAAAUGA